AUGAUGCUGACGAAACUGAUAUCUGUGCUUCUUCUUCUUAUGGUUGUUGCUCUUAGCUCAUCAAGCUUUGAUCAUGCAGAAGCCAGAAUCAUAGAUUUGAAAUAUGAAGAAUCUGCAGAAUCUGAGGGAUCAUCAUCUUCAUCUUCUUCAGUCUCUACAGAUGAGGGUUUUGGAUCCUUUGCUUCAGGUCCUUAUCAUGGACCUCCAAGAUAUGGAACUCACCCACCACUACGACCACCACCAUCAUCAUCAUCAGAAACUCAGAUUGAGACAACGUCUGAGGAAUUUAUGUCCGAGGAUCAGUCUUCUGGGACACUAGGACAUCAUCAUCAUGGUCAUCAUGGCCCGCACGAACAUUCAGCUCCAGCCCCUUCUCCCAAACAUGAACAUGAAACCCCAUCCCCAGCUCCCAAACAUGGACAUGGAGCACCAUCCCCGGCUCCGAAACAUGAACAUGGAGCCCCAUCCCCGGCUCCCACCUCCACCUCCACACCAACACCGACGCCAACACCCACACCCACGCUCAGCCCCGUUGCCUGA